AUGCCUAGCGCACGACACAAAAUUUGGCUACGUAAUACACUCAUUUACAAACAAAUUUGGUUUUGCGAGAGACUCACCUGGAACCCAGCUGAAUUUUUUGUUUAUGAUGUUUCCGCGCAGCUGAAUGUGCUGCACCAGGAUGCCUCAUGUUUCAGUCGGUACGAUAUUCGAGAUAUCGCGAUACAUAACAUAAGGUUGGCGGAUUCUCGGGAACUGAGCUUACCUGAUGAGCCCCAAGAAGGGCGAAACCGGUUGUGGGCUGUCGACGGAUUUUCAGCAACCAUAUGA